AUGAUAUCAUCGAUUUUGAUUUUUUCGUACUGCAUCCAAUUUUAUGCAUGGGGACUUAGUACAAUAUUGUACGGUCCUGGGUACCCAAAUAGGUUUGCAUGUCUGCAUGAUGUUUACGGUGUUGCCCUUAGCAACUUUAGAAUCCCAGAAAUACUAAAUACAAGGAUUGUAAGUGCCCCUGAUCAUGUUUCAAGGGUCGUAGAGGGGCCUCAGGAUAUAAGUUUGGAAAGGGAACUCACCCAGGCAACGUUGAGGUUGGUUAGAGAAUCUCAUAUGCUAAAAAAUGGCCUUAUAUACCCAGAUAUUAUGGAAAGCCUUCAGAUGCGCAUAGCAGAAGAUUAUGUUGCUGCGCAUUCAGCUGUGGUAUCUUUGAACACAUUGAGGGUAUUGCAGUACAUUAUCAACACACUCAACGCAUUCGCCAAGGAUAACGUUAAGUAUAGCCGUGGUUUAAAGGAUGAUAAUGCAAAAUUUUUGGUCUGUAGUGCAAUUGUCUACGCUAAAGUUUCAGACAAAUUGGAGAGACAAAGGACAAAACGUUUGCAAAAACUCAAAGAUGAGACUAAACGCAUAAGUUUCAAUCUAACAACCUUUGGAAAAGUUAAAACUACGGGAGAUUUAUCGUUGUUUAAGUCGGGAUUCAUAACUAACAAUAUAUUUGUUGGAAUCAGUAUCGUUGUUACUGGCAUAUUUUGGAUUAUGUGA